AGCUCUACUCGAUAGUUCUACAACAUGUCUGUCUGCUCGAGAUUUCUAGCUUCAAACCGUUUAUUUGCUGAAGAGGUCUACAGUCUGUCUGUCUGCUGAAAAGGUCUACAACCUGUCUGUCUCCUGGAGAUUUCUACAACCUGUCGGUCUGCUGAAGAGGUCUACAAUCUGUCUGUCUGCUGAAGAGGUCUACAAUCUGUCUGUCUGCUGAAGAGGUCUACAAUCUGUCUGUCUGCUGAAAAGGUCUACAACCUGUCUGUCUGCUGAAAAGGUCUACAACCUGUCUGUCUCCUGGAGAUUUCUACAACCUGUCGGUCUGCUGAAGAGGUGUACAACCUGUCUAUCUCCUGGAAAUUGCUACAACCUGUCUGUCUCCUGAGUUCUUCAGCCUGUCUGUCUGUGCUGUCAUUCUUCCGCUGGGACGUGAAAGCUGUGUGUCAUACGUCUCUGUGGAACUAGUCCGAUCCGGUCUUGACGAUAAGUGGGUGAGGUGAUGAGGCGUGAGAUGCAGGAGGUGGACCGAGUCAGACCCACCAGGCUCCCCAGGCGACAGGUGCUCUGAGACACCAGCCCAGCUCCGGCCCCUUCAGAAGGAGAGGAGGAGGACGAGGAGGAGGACGAGAGAGGACCGGACUCAAACCUUUUCGACCCGGGGGGUCAUGGACACGGCUGGCCAGAGCACGCUGACGGCAGAGGCGGGCGGCGAAGGUCGAGGAUGCGGCGGAGAGGGUCGCGAGGGGCUGUGUGUCGGGUCCGUGGACAGGGAGAACGUGUCCAGCCCCAGCCCCUCCACCAAGCAGCGUUCCCUGAGGGCGGUGUACGUCCUGAACGACGGGCUGAAGGCGGUGCUGGCCACCAGCCCUGAGUCGGGUGCUCUCCAGUGUCUGCAGAGGGCGUGUGACGCGGAGAGCGCCCUGCUGACCACCGUCACCUUUGGCCGGCUGGACUUCGGCGAGACCUCGGUGCUGGACACCUUCUACGAUGCAGACAUCGCGGUAGUGGACAUGAGUGAUGUGUUCCGGCAGCCCUCGUUAUUUUACCACCUGGGUGUCCGAGAGAGCUUUGACAUGGCAAACAACGUCAUCCUGUACCAUGACACUGACCCUGACACUGCACUGUCACUGAAGGACAUGGUGGCACAGAAGAACACAAAGGUGUCUAGAACCCAAACAUUAGGGUUUCCUUGGGUGCAGCUCCCUCCAGAGUACAGAGGCUCUGGUUUAUGCAACAAAGCGUCCAGCGGGAACUACUACUUCAUCCCCUACGUGUUGACCCCCAACCACGAGUACGUGUGCUGCGAGAGCGACGCCCAGCGGAGGGCCAGUGAAUACAUGCAGCCCAGCUGGGACAGCCUGCUGAGCCCCCUGUGCCUGCCCCUGACCGACCGCUUCUCCUCGCUGCUGAAGGACAUCCACGUCACCUCCUGUGCCUCCUUUAAGGACACCCUGCUGAAUGACAUCAGAAAGGCCAGGGACAAAUACCAGGGUGAGGAGCUAGCCAAGGAGCUGUCUCGUAUAAAGCUCCGCAUCGACAACACAGAGGUCUUGACCCAGGACAUCGUCAUGAACCUACUGUUCUCAUACAGAGACAUACAGGACUAUGACGCCAUGGUGAAGCUGGUCCAGACGCUGCAGGUUCUGCCUACCUGUGACCUGGCCACACAGCCCAUGAUCCAGUUCCACUACGCCUUCGCUCUCAACAGGAGGAACAGCCCGGGAGAUAGAGAGCAGGCGCUUCGUGUGAUGUUGCAGGUGUUACAGUCAUGUGACCACCCAGCGCCGGACAUGUUCUGUCUGUGUGGACGGAUCUACAAAGACAUCUUCCUCGACUCAGACUGUAAAGACACCAAAAACAGGGACAAUGCCAUCCAGUGGUACAGGAAAGGUUUUGAGCUCCAGCCCACUCUCUACUCUGGUAUCAACUUGGCGAUUCUGCUCAUUGUUGCUGGGCAACAGUUUGAGAGUUCCAUUGAGCUGAGGAAGAUAGGUGUAAGGUUGAACAGCCUCCUGGGUCGUAAGGGCUCAUUAGAGAAGAUGAAUAAUUACUGGGAUGUUGGUCAGUUCUUUACCGUUAGCAUGUUAGCUAACGACAUCCCUAAAGCUACACAGGCCGCAGAGAAACUCUUCAAACUCAAACCACCCAUCUGGUAUUUGCGAUCUGUAGUUCAGAACCUCCAGCUGAUCCAGAGGUUCAAGAAGACGACAGUAGAACAUUCUCCCCAGAGAGAAAGACUCAACUUCUGGAUGGACAUCAUCGUAGAGGCCACCAGAGGGAAGAGCAAUGGACUGCGCUUCCCGGUGUUGAUCCUGGAGCCAACGAAGGUCUACCAGCCCUCGUAUGUUUCCAUAAACAGUGAAGCGGAGGAGAAGAAUGUAUCCAUAUGGCACGUCUCACCUGCUGAAACGAAAGGGAUCCAUGAAUGGAACUUCACUGCAACAUCCAUCAAAGGAAUCAGCAUCUCCAAGUUUGACGAGCGCUGUUGUUUCCUCUACGUGCACGACAACUCGGAUGACUUCCAGAUCUACUUCUCCACCGAGGACCAGUGUGGCCGGUUCUGCUCCAUGGUGAAAGAGAUGAUAUCAGACGGAACCGGAAAUGCUGUGGAGCUGGAAGGAGAUGCUGACGGGGACACCCUAGAGUAUGAGUAUGACAUUAAUGAGAAGGCAGACCGUGUGGUUCUGGGUCGGGGGACCUAUGGAGUCGUGUACGCUGGCAGAGACAUGAGCAAUCAGGUCCGCAUCGCCAUUAAAGAGAUACCGGAGAGAGACAGCAGGUACUCCCAACCCCUCCAUGAGGAGAUUGCGCUCCACAAGUACCUGAAACAUAGGAAUAUUGUUCAGUACCUGGGCUCGGUCUCCGAGGAUGGAUACAUCAAGAUCUUCAUGGAGCAAGUUCCUGGAGGCAGUCUGUCAGCGUUGCUACGUUCUAAGUGGGGACCGUUGAAGGAGGCGACGAUCAUCUUCUACACACGACAGAUCCUGGAGGGGCUUCGCUACCUCCACGAGAACCAGAUAGUCCACCGUGACAUCAAGGGUGAUAACGUAUUAGUUAAUACCUACAGUGGGGUUCUGAAGAUAUCAGACUUCGGCACAUCUAAAAGACUAGCUGGGGUCAACCCCUGCACUGAGACCUUCACCGGGACCCUGCAGUACAUGGCCCCAGAGAUCAUAGAUAAGGGCCCAAGGGGUUAUGGGGCCCCAGCGGACAUCUGGUCACUGGGCUGCACCAUCAUAGAGAUGGCCACAGGAAAACCCCCGUUCCACGAGCUGGGAGAGCCUCAGGCGGCCAUGUUCAAGGUUGGGAUGUUUAAAAUCCACCCAGAGAUCCCAGAGUCGCUGUCUCUGGAAGCCAAGUCGUUUAUCCUGCGUUGUUUUGAGCCUGACCCCAACAAGAGGGCCACAGCCACCGACCUGCUCAAAGACGUCUUCGUCAGACACAACGUGAAGGGGAAGAAAAGCAAGAUCGCCUUCAAGCCAUCAGACUACAUCCGUAGUGUGUCGCUACCAGUGCAGUUGCAGUGUGAAGCCACUGGGAGCAGCAGUGAGCCAGGCUCAGUGAGUCCAGACUGUGACUCCAAACACGACGUCUUCUUUCAGAAGUCCAAACGGUCAGGCUCAGAAAACCUGCUUAAACCACCCAGUAACAAUUACCUGAGUGUUCCAGAUGAGGGGUCAGUGUCAGAAGAUCGUAGCUCUCCUGCAUCUCCUGAGGACAAGGAUGGAGGUCUGUUCCUGCUUAAGAAGGACAGUGAGAGGAGGGCAAUCCUCUACAAGGUCCUUAAUGAGGACCAGGACAAAGUCAUCUCCAACCUCCUGGAGAACCACAUUCAGGGCAGUGAAGAACUCCAGCUCUCCGUGGACCAUAUUAAACAGAUCAUUUGUAUACUGAGAGAUUUCAUCCACUCCCCGGAGAGACGCGUCAUGGCAACCACCAUCUCCAAUCUAAAACUCGACCUAGACUUCGACUCCACAUCCAUCAACCAGAUACAGCUGGUUCUGUUUGGCUUCCAGGACUCUGUGAAUAAGGUCUUAAGGAACCAUCACAUUAAACCCCAUUGGAUGUUUGCCAUGGACAACAUCAUCAGACGAGCGGUUCAGGCUGCCGUCACCAUCCUUAUACCAGAGCUCCAGACCCACUUCGGCCCGGCCUCGGAGAGUGAGGGGCCAGAUAAGGAGGAUGAGGAAGAGGAGGAGGCAGAGUUUGGCCCCGUGUUGGUUACGCCUCCGGACGAACCCACUGUGACCUCCGACCCCACAGUGACCUCAGCAGUAAGCACGCUCAGCUCCGCCCUCUCCUCCCCGCUUCCGCCUCAGCGCUCACAGCCUCUUGGAGCUCAGCUGGGACGACUCAAACAGGAGACCAACCGGUUGUUGGAGGAACUGUUGCAGAGAGAGAGAGAGUACCAGCAGGUCCUCAAGACAACACUUCAUCAGAGACAACACGACUUAGAGCUGGCCAAAGUUAGACACAGACCCACAGACAUUCCUCCUCCUUCCAUCUUCCAAGUUCCGGUUGAUCGGGAGUCUGAUAAGCAGCUUACGGAUUGGCUAAAAGACCAGGGGGCGGACUCGGAAACCAUAGACAAGUUUGUGAUGGAGGACUACACGUUGAGCGACGUCCUUGAUGAUGUCACCAAGGACGACCUGCGCUACCUCCGCCUACGGGGUGGUGUGCUGUGUCGUAUCUGGCGAGGGAUCCAGAGACACAGAGAGAGACGAAGGCUGACAAGGGAUGACCAAAGAUGACUACAACUAUACACACACACACACACACACACCAGCAUUUAUUUAAGUAUGCAAACCAGGUGAAAGUGUUUUCUGUAUGUUUACCACUCUAGCUGAUUUUGCAUUGAGGUCUUCACAAUAUCUUUGCCAUGCAGGACCUGGUAAUGGGCAGUCAAUUCUUACAGGGAGCCUUCUACAAGUUAUUUUGACCACACCGAAGUGCUUUAAUGCAAGCACUAUGUGUGUGUGUGUGUGUGUGUGUGUUAUUAUACAACACGUGCCUCUUUGGCUUCUCUAGUGUAAGUUGUGACCCGGCUGGAAUAACUUUCCAUAACUCAGAAUGAAGUGUAUUUUUAGACUAGGUACAUGAAUGCUCUCCACCAAAUAACCAUCUGCAUAUCAGUGUUUUCCCUUCAUUCCAUCGCUUAAGACCAGGUGCUAUCUGGCCUGGGUUACUAUUUUUAGAGCUCUAUGGUGACGUUCUUAGAAUGUUCCUGAUAACACCAGUAUGAUCACUUCCUGCUGGUCAAAUGAAGAACGGGCUUACAUUUGCCUAUAUCUUUUCAGAGACCACAACAUAAAUAUUAGGAAUAUCUGCACAAUAAAAUUAAAACUGUAAACUGGAAUAUGUCAGACUGAGGCAAGACUGUGCCUGUUUAUUGGUGACCCUUGUUGACUGAGCAUUAGUUACCUACACAACCAACCAAUGGUUAAUAUCAAAUGUAUCCUCUUGGCCUCUGUAAUGCUGUAUAGUGAACUGUUUUUUGUCUACACAGGUGUGUGUGGCUACUACAUUCAUGUGACUUCAAUGUGUUGUUUCCACAGCUCAGUGUGUACUAAUUAUAGCUGCCCCACAGUAAUUACACUAAAUGAUGAAUGGAUUCUUGAUGGAUAUGACAUAGUGCAUGGCUUUCAUAUUGCAUGAGAUGCCUGACACCAAUUAUAAUCCAUUCAUAAAGUCUGGAAUGUUCUUGUUUCAAAGGGUUAACAAAAGAUUCGCUUUGUGAUGAAAAUUGAGGAGCAACAUGUGUCAUGCCCACACCCACACCUUCCCCACACACACACACCCUCCCCGCACACACACACCCUCCCCGCACACACCAGCAUUUGUUUAAAGUAUACAAACCAAGUGAAAGUGUGUUCAGUAUGUUGACCACUCUAACUGAUGCAUUUUGCAUUGGGGUCUUCACAGUAACUUAACCAUUCAGGAUUUUCUCAUGAGCAGUCAAUCGAUGUCUACAGGGUAUAUCCUACAGUUUAUUUUUACCCAACCAAUGCGCUUUUAGUGCAGGCACUAUUAGUGUGUGUGUGUACAUGCGUGCGUGUUAUUACCACAAUAUGUGCCUCUUUGGCUUCUCUAGUGUAAGUUGUGACCAGGCUGGAAUUGGUUCAAGUCUUGUUUGCAAGACAGGGAAUACUUUUUCUCCAUAGGCAACUAUGUAUCAUUGAAAACACGCAUGACAUGUGGAGUUCCACAAGGCUCUAUCCUGGGACUUCUUUUAUUCAACAUUUAUAUGCUACCAUUACUCCAAAUCAUGCAAAGCAACAAAACUGCUCAUGAUCAUUUUGCAGAUGAUAACCUCAUUUGUAUAGC